CACGACCUUGACCCUAGUAUUUACUCAUAGUGCUUACAAGAUGGACGACACUAAGAAUUCCGUUGAAGAAUGUUUUUCAAAUGACAAUUCAUGUAACAUGGAUGAUGUGGUUGAAUGUAAGCUUACACCACCUCCAAGAAAGAAGAGGAAGCGAGGACAGAGAGGUCCAGCCAUUCGAUAUACUGAGGAUCAACUAACGCUGUUAAAAUCGGUGUACAAAGUAACAUCUUAUCCUACUAAAGCGCAUGUACAGUAUCUAACCAGACGGACACAACUUCCGGCCACCAUUGUUAGGAGAUGGUUUUAUCAAAGAAGAUGUCGAGAAGGUCUGUGUGGGUCAUUAGAACGCAUCCAUCUCAUACCACAAUCCGUUCCACAAGCAGAUGUCGCAUCGAAUGCACCCAACUAUAAGAAGUUUAAAACAGUAUUGGUACAAAUUCAAUCUCCGACUCGAUCAUUCCAGACAACCCCUAGAUCAUCUUCGAGUCGAUCAUCAACUCCGAAUAGCUCAAACAUGACCGGUGAUCCUUUUGGACAUGACAAAGAAUCUUUUUGGCAACAUCCCUCUGAGCAGACGCCUUCGAAGGCUAACUUUGAGAGUGCACAAAGCAUGCACUCUUUCCCAUAUGAAAACACAUUUUUUGAUGGCGAACAACCAUUUUCUACAAGUACACCGAAGUCUGAAAUCGGAGUCAGCGAUAGUGGAUUCAUAUCGCUUGCAGAUGAUUCAAAAUCCACAGAGCUUCUUAAAUCUCCUUUGACUGAUGACGAACCAAUAAGCAGCAUUAACGAUGUUUACGGAUAUUACCACUUUUUGAAUGAGUUGAAUGACCGAAGCAAUUCCGUGGUCUACAGACGGGGUAUAUUUAACGAAAACUGGUCCGGCAGUAGAGUUAAUCUCCAAGAGAAUUGCAAUGGUAGCUCAGAAGUAACGAAUUCAAAUUUCAGAAGUAGAGACAUUUGCGACAUUGAUUCGAAGACGUCGACAUUGAAUUCAGCUUGUGGAUUUGAUAUAGCUUUACAGUAUACAUCAGGUGCGUCCCGUAGUGGCUCUUUUCACGAAUCGGAACAAAUAACAUAUCCAUCAACAGAAGAAAAUAUUACUACUCAACCCGGAAGAUCGAAUUCUGACUCGAAAUCAAUAAAGUCUAAGCCACAGCAAAUGAUAACUAAUGAUCCAGUGACAAUUCUUCAAUAUAUAAAUUACAAGGAAUUAAAGAAGCUCGGAAUCGGAUCGGAUAUCAACUACGACGACAUUCCAACCCUUAGAACUGGAGAAACUGACCCUAAUCUUCAACACCCAUCUUGGACAGGGAAAGAUAUAGACGAUCCGUGUAAAGUUUCUCGUGGGUCGGAAUUUAAUACCUGUACCACUUAUAAAAGUACCUAUACUCAAACCAAUCCUGAAGAUCUUUACCUAAGUGAACCACCUCAAGCUCAAGGCUAUUUCAAUACCUCAGAUUUCAAUUCAGCCACUGGACUAAAGACUGGAUUCGUACCUGCAACCAAGCCCAGAAUUACAACCCAAAAUGUGCCCCAAUCAAUAGCAAAAUACAUUGCCCCAUUCAUACAUCCAAGAACAAAUGUUUUGGAAACAAGAGGAGAAUCUUUGAACCCUAAUCGGCAGCAGACAAAAUGCUCAACUUGUUCGAGCAAAUCAAACGCAGUAUAUGAGCUUUCGUCUGACUUGCAGCAGAACCAUUUCAACGACGCUUCUGCUGAAACUAAUGUUAAAGAAACUGUACAUUAUCAAAAGCUGUACGAAAAGGUUAGGGAUGCUAGUUCUGUAAAUUACAGUCGAAAACCUAGAUCACAAAGUGUUGUGGUUGUUCACCCGCCGAGAAAUCGGGUGUACCAAACCAUGGACGGCAAGAGCCAUAGUAUCAGAGAAGCUACAUUGCGCCACAAUCAAGGACUUGAAAGCGGCGUCUACCCCAAAACACAAAAAUCGAACGAGAUUUUGAAACCAAGAGUGGUUACCAUGAACCCGAAAGCUGUGCAAGUUGACGAAGACGGUCCAAAACUAAACAAUCCCAAAACGAAUCAAAAUAUUUACAGUACCCUUCCUUUUUAUUCACAGAGAUGCGAUGAUGAUGUGAAUGGUAUGCUAGAUCAUCCAGCUGCUUGUGACAACUUAGAUUACAUGGAUUUUGCUCACUCCAAUGCUGCAGGAGAAACUACUUGUCCGCCAUCUACGGACCGAUCCCAUCUGAGCAACACUCAAGAUUCAAAUAACUUAACUCCAUCAGAGACUCUACAACCCAAAAGUUUCAAACAUCAAAACAUAAUUAAAGUGAUUAGGGUGAAGAAAAUCCCAAGUGAAUCGAUCGAAAAACAGAAAACCGUCUCGGGGGAUGGUCUUGAAGCUUUUCUGUUAAAUCCUGAAUUGAACUGUAACAUUAACCCAGAUAAGUGUACAAUGGACGAUUCCAAAGUUAAAAUGAGUCAACAAGUUUUAAAAGAAAAUUACGAUGUAGCAUGUUAUUUUAUCACUAAACACUCAUGGAAGGGAAAGUAUAAGAGAAUAUUUUCUGUGGGAACUCAUGGCAUCACAACAUACAAUCCUCAGUCUAUGGAGGUCACCAAUCAGUGGCCUUACAAUGAGUUUAUUAGCAUUGUUCCCAAUGUUAAAGCUCCAUCAAACAGUGAGUUUAUUAUUACUAUGAGGAAAGGCAAGAAAACAGAUACCAUGAAAUUUUCAACAGAUCACAGAGCAGAUUUACUGACGGAAGCUUUGAGAUUCAGAAGCAAGUUCGCCGAAAUCAAUAGAUCUUCCAAAAGAUUUAAUGCAUAUAAACUACAUUGGUCUGAUACGAGGGUGCCGAUAUUACUGGAAGUUAAUGAAGGGUCUGUAGACCAGAUUGAUCCAGCCUCACAGAGAAUAUUGUGUAGUUAUGACUAUAAGGAUAUCGAGGGUCUUGUACAGCUGUCAGAUGUACCAGGAGGUGUUUCUAUUAUUUAUGGUGGUUUCAGCAGAUUGCAUUUAUUUGCCUUAGAACAACGUGAUGAUUUGAUAAAGAGUAUCAUGGAAACAGGAGCUAACUGUGUAGGGGUUGCUAUUAAACAAAGGAAAGAACCCAUUACAAUGGAACAAGCUCAAACACAUAGACUAGGCAAAUAUAGCUCUGACGAGGCGUUAACAUCAUAUUCUGAGUUUACAGUACAGAAAAUCUCCAGACGUCAUACUGAUACUGUAAGACGAACCCUGUGUUUAACAGAAACUUGUUUAGUGGAACGAGAUCCUGCUACCUACAGUGUUGUUACUGUCAAACCACUUUGUGAUGUAUUUGCGUUGAUUCGAGACCCGGACAACCCUCAGAAGUUUAGCAUCGAGUAUGUAAAAGGAACAGUUCGAGUGUAUUUAUCUACAGACAGGGAUGCUCUCGUAGCCUCCAUAUUGGAUGGUGUUCGAGCGUCUGGUAAUCGUGAUGUAUGUGUUCGGAUGACCUUGACAUAUCGAGGUUUUAGAUUAGGGCCAUUUACUGUACCAGUAGAUGAAGAGGUAGAGAGUCAACAUUUAAAAUUUAUACAACAACCACCAGGUGGAAUGUCAUUUGCUGAGGCUGUCAAUAGAUUUAAUGCUAAUAUAUCGUAUAGUGGUUUACUACACGCUGUCACACAGGAUGGUUUAUUUGCUAAGAACAAAGAGAAGUUGAUCAAUGCUGCUAUAGCUGGUCUGUUAGAGAAAGAGGGAGAUCAAAAUACCAUCUCACAUGAAGAAUUACAGGCUCAGUUUCAGGCAUUACGCAGACUUGUGGCAUCUAAAGCUGGCUUCUCAGCUUUCAUUUCAUUGCCAAGAAUGAGAGAAAGUGUAGGGUUAAAAACAGUAAAAGCGUUUAAACGUAAUAAUGAUGGUGUAACCCAUGCAGCCAUUGAUAUGUUAUGUGCUCUUAUGCAGCCAAUGCAUGAUGAUUAUGAUCUCAGACAAGAACAAAUGAAUAAAACCUCUCUUCUGUCAUCUCGAAAAUUUCUACAAGAAAUCCUUGAAGUCUUCCAUUCUCAUGUUGUUCAUGGAACAGGUGCUCUCAUCAUAUCAGCCAUGUUGGAUUUCUUAACCUUUGCCCUUUGCUCACCAUACAGUGAAACCACAGAUGGUACUCAUUUUGAUAAUUUGUUAGAAAUGGUGGCUGCUAAUGGUCGAAUCAUUUUCAAACUUUUUCAG